AAGGCAGAUUUAAGUCUAAAAUGUGAUAUCAGAAGAAGUUUAAAGAUCUGCCAUCCAGAUAUUUGGGUGCCUGUGAAUUUUGCACGGCUGGUUGCACAUCCCGGUGAAGCCCAGCCCUAUCAGAUGAUCCACAGCCUCCUGCCGGAUCACGGCCCAUGCGCAAGCCAAGGAGGCUUUUUUAUUCCGUUUGAAUGAGGAAAACCUCGCGUCUGCUUUUCUGAAAGCUGUCACAUGGGUCCAAUGAGGAAAACAAUCGCUUCCUGAAAUGAUUGCCGUCGCCGUCUUCACGCGCUGUUGUUUUUCGCCCCUGUCCGUUUCCACCGUGAUAUCGCAUCGCGUGUAAUUUUAUUCCGCCUGGAUCUUUCUUUCUUUUUCUUUUCUUUUUGGUCCGGGUGCCGAAGAUGAUAAGCAAAGUUAAAAACGCGAUGUCCAACUUGGUCGGAGGGAUGAUGCCUCACGGACACCACCACCACAACCAUCACUCAGGUGGAGGCCAGAACAGCGGACAGGAGGGCUUGCCGCAUCGCUUCCCUUACGGCCGGCCGGAUUUCUUGGACCUCACCCCGGAGCUCCUGCAGUACUCCACCGAACACGCCUCACGGCCGGUGGUCACGCUAAAGAGAGGCACCAGGCUUCCCUGGGGGGCGGGAUACGCAGAGGCGAUCAAUGCAGGGAAGAGCAUGCUGAAUGAAGACCAGGCGUCUUGUGAGAAGCUGUUUGUGAGGAAACCAAGCAGCAAACACCGAAACUCCACUCUGGUAGAUGACAACGGGGACAACACAGGAAUCCCUCUGCACUUCUGGGGGGUGUUUGACGGCCAUGCGGGUUCUGGCGCUGCCAUCAUGGCGUCCAAGCUUCUCCACCGCAUCAUCAGAGACGGCCUCGGGGAGAUCUGCCACCUACUGGAGAAUCCCAACAGUGCACCUCCCAUCUGCCUGGCCAAGAAUGGCAGCCCCUUCCAGACAGAGGCGAAAAAAGGAGGAACGCAGGACUCGGGGGAAGACGCUGACGCUGUCUGCGACGCCUCGGUCCGCUUUCACAUGGAGAAGGUCGUCAGCCUGGAGAGCUUGGUGAUGGGAGUCAUAGAGACCGCCUUCAAACAGAUGGAUGACCUCAUUGAAAAGGAAAAAACUUCCUAUGCCAUUUCUGGUGGCUGUUGUGCCUUAGCUGUCGUUUAUUUAAUGGGAAAACUCUAUGUAGCCAAUGCUGGAGACAGCAGGGCCAUAAUUAUACGAAACAAUGAAGUCAUUCCGAUGACUAAUGAAUUCACCCCUGAAUCAGAGAGACAGCGGUUACAGUAUCUGGGCUUCCUGAGGCCCGAACUCCUGGGAAAUGAGUUCACUCACAUUGAGUUCCCUCGAAGGAUCCAGCACAGUGAGCUGGGCAAGAAGAUGCUCUACAGAGACCACACCAUGACUGGCUGGGCUUAUAAGACAAUUGUAGAAGAUGAUCUGAAGUUCCCACUGAUAUAUGGAGAAGGGAAAAAGGCUCGUGUAAUGGCAACAAUCGGGGUGACUCGUGGGCUGGGAGAUCAUGACCUGAAGGUGUACAACUCCAACAUCUACAUCAAGCCCUUCCUGUCAUGUGUCCCUGAGGUGAAAGUUUACAACCUGGAUGAAAACAAACACGGACCAGACGACGUCUUGGUUAUGGGCACAGAUGGACUGUGGGAUGUAACGACUGACAAGGAAGUGGCAGAAGCUGUUUCCAACUAUUUAUCACGCUGUGACCCGUCCGAUCCCAUGAGAUACACACUGGCAGCUCAGGAACUGCUGAUGAGGUCCAGAGGUGUCCUAAAAGAGCGCGGCUGGCGGCUACCCAACGAGAAACUGGGCUCAGGCGACGACAUCACUGUGUUCAUCAUCCCACUGGCAGGACACGAAUCAGAGACUUGAUAAGAUUUGCUGCAGCAGUCGGGCCGACUCUUUAAGGCCCCUCCCAUUGGUCACUUCGAGCUCCCUGAAUAAGCCCUGGAAGGAGGAAGGAGGCGGGAGAUGAAAACAUCACUGUCAUCAAAAAGCCUCGGGUUUAAAAAGCACCUUCACUGACUCAAAAAGACCUACCUUUCUUUAGUUCAGCUUCAUCCAUCACUAUUGGUUGAUUUUUAGUCAUUCAAAAAAAAAUGAAUUAAAUUUCUCCCAAACUUGCUGUUUGUGAUGUGCACAAAAAUCCUUGUAGUAUUUUUUGGGGUUUUGUUGAUGUCCAAAGCCAGGCUGGAACUGAAUCUUUUGAAAGAUGAUUGUUUUAUUGCCACACCCAAGUUGUUACUCCCUAUAUCUAAUGGAAAAAAAAAAAAAGCCUCCAAUAGUUUCACAAUCAAUAAGUGGGUUUGCAACUGAGGAUUUAAGGCAACCAAAGAAAUGCUUCUGCAUUAAGAGGAUGGAAAUCUGUAAAAUAAAAAAAAUAAAAAUACACCCAUAAAAAACAAAAAGCAGAAAUUACAUCUUUAGAUACACGUAUGUUGACAUUAACAGAAGGAGCAUGAAGGAAGUGAAGACAAAUGAAUGGACCUUUAUGGCACUGGACCCUGACAGAGUCUUUUUGCAGUAUUUACUUUGGUAAUAAUGAAUGAAAAUAACGACACCUGAGGCACUUGAAAGACUGUUGCACACGUUCUGUAGUAGCUUGUUAAUUUUUGUUACCUUUUGAUGGAAUGUGCUCAUAAAACAUCUAUAUCAUUGUUUUUAUUACAACAGAGAAGAUUGUAGGUUAUAAAUAUGUUCGAUAAAGAAAAGAAGGAAGACGUUCAUGUUUCUAAUGCAACUAUAAGUUUUUUCAUUUACCCGUCAGAGGGACCGGUAACAUGUUCUCCAUGUCUCGCUAUAAUAAGAUGUGUUAAGUUUCACAUAUGCCUUAUUGAAACAUGAAAGGGACUCAAGAGUUUCCAUUGCACUAAAUUUAAAAUCAUGUAAAAGAGGCAAGAAAAGAGAACAUUGUACGCCCCUUAAGUGUACCUCAUACCUCUUUUGUACCAUUACUGUUAUGUCAUGCUAUUUAGAUUGUCCACAUAUAUAUUUUUAAAAACUUGUUUUUGCCUGUAUACAGAAUUUUAUUUUUGUUUUCUAUCCAUUAUUGCUGGUGUGUCCAAGAAUCUGAGCUACCAAAAUGUGUGGUAGAAAGAUAAUGAGGUCCAGUUUAAAAAUAAACCUGUUUUUCCCA